AUGAGAUCCACCAACAUGUCAUAUUUGAACCCAAAGAUGGUGACCCUGAUUGGGAUUCCCGGACUAGAGCAUGUGCAAUUCUGGAUUGGGUUUCCCUUCUUUGGUGUGUGCCUGGUGGCCCUGCUGGGGAACAUCUUUUUGCUAAUCGUUAUCUCUACAGAACGCAGUUUACACAAACCCAUGCACAUCCUUCUGGCAGUAUUGGCAGCCAUUGACCUAGGUCUCUGUGUAGCCAUUGCUCCUAAGAUGUUGGCCAUCUUCUGGUUUGAUUCUUGUUCCAUGGUUUUCGAUGUCUGCCUUACCCAACUCUUCUUCAUUCAUGCCUUGCAGGGCAUGGAAUCUGGCAUCCUGUUGGCAAUGGCCUUUGAUCGCUAUGUGGCCAUCUGUCAUCCAUUGAGGCACACAUCCAUCCUGACACCUUUCUUUCUAUUUCGGGUGGUGCUGAUGGUGGCAAUCCGAGCAACGAUGCUUGUUGGAAUGUUACCCAUUCUACUCAAACGACUGCACCUUUUUGAAUCUGUGGUUAUUGUCCAUUCUUACUGUGAACACAUGGCUGUAGUCAAGCUGGCUGCGGAAGAUGUCCAUGUUAACAAAUCAUUUGGGCUCUUUGUGGCUUUUGCAAUUCUAGGUUUUGACAUGAUCUUUGUCUUCAUCUCCUACAUUCUGAUUUUUCAGACUGUUUUUCGUCUUCCCCAAAAAGAGGCACGAUUCAAAGCAUUUAACACUUGUACAGCUCAUAUUAUUGUCUUUCUGGAGUUUUAUAUCCUUGCCUUUUUUUCAUUCUUCAGCCAUCGUUUUGGUCAUGUAUCAGCCUAUGCCCACAUCCUCUUGUCUACCAUCUAUCUGCUUGUGCCCCCUGCCCUUAAUCCCAUUGUCUAUGGUUUGAAGACCAUGGAGAUUCGCAUGCAGGUUGCUCAUCUUUUCAUUAUAAAGCCAGACACCCAGAUCAAAAAGUGA